AUGUCCUUAGCUCCACAAAUUAGAUCGCUAACACAGGACCAACAAAAUGAAGUUUACAUUGAAUUUAUAAAAAGUAUAAGAAAAGUUAAAAAUUCAAACAAUGCUUAUCAGUCUCAACCACCAUACAUUCCUCCUCCAGUGAACAAUGACUAUCCUAAACCCUCAGAACAUUCCUUUUUGCCCAAUGACGUUUUCUACUCGUAUCCUCAAUACCCACCUUACCAUAGUGCACCUUUUUCUUCUUCUACUUAA